ACCCAGGAGGAUGAUGGCUCAGGAAAAGAGAGUGAAGUUCUCACUUUUGGAGUGUUUGUUCCUAGGAGCCUCUUUAUUCAUUUGGUCCCUGGCCCAAACAACAGCAGCCUUCCAGCUUCCACACUGCCAGCUCAUCAACAAGACAAUAUCUCUGGAGAAGAGAGGCUGCUCUCGGUGCCACAGAGUGGAAACGACCAUCUGCAGUGGAUACUGCACCACCAAGGAUCCCAACAUGAAGAUAGUGUUGAGCAAACCAAUUCAGCAUGUGUGCACAUAUGGGGAAUUGUACUACAAGACAUUUGAGUUUCCUGACUGUUUGCCUGGAGUUGACCCUGUCGUCACCUACCCAGUUGCUUUGAGGUGCCACUGUGGCGGCUGUGCCAUGGCCACGUCUGACUGCACCUUCGAGAGCCUGCAGCCUGACUUCUGCAUCAACAACAUCCCAUUUUAUCACUAAUCUUGUAUAAU